AUGGAUAGGAGAAUAUGCUCGGUAACCCGCAUCGUGCAAGGGAUGUGGCAUCCUCACCUGCACCCUGCCAACCCCAACCAUCUCUCCAUGCCAUCCUGCCACCCCAGCCACCUCACCUGUACCCUGGCCACCCCAACCAUCUCUCCAUGCAUCUCUGCCGCCCCAGCCACCUCACUGCUACCCUGCCACACCCCAACCAUCUCUCCAUUGCCAUGCCCGUCACCCUGCUAUUUCUACACCCCAACCAUCUCUCCAUGCAUCGCUGCACCGUCGCAGCCACCUCACCCUGCUAUUCUAACCACCGCCAACCAUCUCUCUGCAUCCUGCCACCCAGCCACCAUUCACCCUGCUCCUGCCACACCCCAGACGCAUCUCUCCAUCGCCAUCUUGCCACCCCAGCCAUCUCACCCUGCUACCCGCCACCCCCAACAUCUCUUCCAUGCCAUCCUCCACCCAGCCACCUCACCUGCUACCGCUAGCCACCCCAACCAUCUCAUCCAUGCCAUCCUGCACCCCAAGCACCUCACCCCUGCUUCUACCACCCAACCAUCUCUCCAUUGCCAUCCUGCCACCCCCAGCCACCCAUCCUGCUUAUUCUCCACCCACAAGGCAUCCUGCCACCGACACUCUGCACCUGCCAUCACCUGCUCCUGCCCCUGCACCCAGCCACUAAUCUAA